AUGUUUGCUAGAGCUUUAUUCAAUAGUCUGAGAAUUUCCCGCCCAGUUUUUGUAAGGUCAUCUGUCUUUACUAAACCAUGUACUCUUCCAUUGGUUAGAUCACUUUCCACCGAAAUUAAAAACGCUAUAGAUAAGGCGGUUAGCUCAUCGAAAGUUGUAUUGUUUAUGAAGGGCACUCCUGAGUUUCCUCAAUGUGGAUUUUCACGAGCUACAAUUCAGAUUUUGGGUCAGGAAGGUGUCGAUCCAGAAAAAUUUGCCGCAUAUAAUGUUUUAGAGGACCCUGAAUUAAGGGAUGGUAUCAAAGAAUAUAGCUCGUGGCCAACAAUUCCUCAAUUAUACGUUAAUAAGGAAUUCGUUGGAGGCUGCGAUAUAGUGAUGUCUAUGGCGCAGUCGGGGGAACUCGGUGAAUUGUUGGAAGCAAGUGAUUGUCUUAUUCCAGAAGAUGAGCCAGAACAAAGCUCUGCAAACGUAAAGCCUAGCGAUAGAUCAUGA